UGGGGGACAAAGCUGUGCUGUGGUGGAGCAUGUGGUCCAUGCCCACUUGUGCUGAGCUGGGGAGCCCAAGAGGCACCUUGCGCGGUCUCCCUGGGAACCUUGGUGCGUUGCUUCGUCCCUCUGUAUCUGCAUCUGUGCCAGGCAGGGAUGCCACUGACCCUUUAAGCUGCCCUUGCUGGCGCAGCUGGCUGGGCAGGCAGGCGAGUGUCCCCUGAGGGGCUGUGCACUGCUGGGAGCAGAGCUCGCGGGGCUCCCCAUCGGUGCCUUGCGGCUAAGGGUGCCCAUGUUCUGUCAGGAGUGUGUGCGCUGCGCCUUUCUGCAUGUGUGAUGGCACAUGCAGGCAAACUCAGAGCCCCAUGCGUGCAAACCUGCAAUGGGAGCACACCGUGCACCGUGUCCCCACACCUGUGGGACUGUGCCCACAGCCCCUGCCCUCUGCUCCCUCCCAGCCCCAGCCCAGCAUGGGGCAGAAGACAGUUUCCUCCUGCCUCAUCCCAGCUGGAGAAGGUGACAUGCCCAGGCCGGGUACUCACCCGUCCGGAGACACCCAGCUGGGAAGGCUGGUUUGGCUGGUGCUGGCUCUGGCAUGGUGACUUGGUACCCAGCUGCCAGCCAGGCUUUUUACUGGUGCCCUGUGAUGCCUGAUCCCUGGCACAAUCUAUUGCUGCCAUCUUGGGGCCCUGUGCCCCAGCCCCCAGCAUGGGCCAUGGCAGCCAAGGAGGCAGCAGUUUCUCCGUGGCAGUGGCUGCUCUGUACAGCAUCACACGAGGUGGCAGGCACUCAGUGCCCCAGGUAUCAAUCAGUGCUGCACCAUCCCCAGAGCCUCAGCCCAGGCUGGGAGCAGGCAUCACAAACGCAGCCUGGUUCGGGCACGCAGGGGAGCAGCCUGGUAAUUUUCCACUCAGGUUUCCUUCCAAGAUCUGGUCAGGCUUUGCCUGCCUCGUCUCCCGCUCUCUUUCCAGUCAGCCUUCAUUCACCCAUGGUGGAGGCUGAUCUGCCCCAGCACAGGGUCUGACCUGCCCUUUCCUUCCCUGCGGCUCUGACCCACCAUCGCCUGCUAAACUGGGAAGGGCCGGGGGAUUCUUUUCUGCUUUCCUGCAAGCUGCAGAGGAAGCUCUUUCCCUUUCCAGCCAGUGUCCCCACAUCCCUCCCUGUGCCCAAGGGCUGAGGAAGAGGGCUGCGGGAGCAGCCUGGAGGUCUGGCCCAUGCCCUUGGGCUAGUGAGGCACAGCCGGAGGCAUUGAAUACGGAGGAGAGGCAACCACUCCUGCCCGCCACAUGCUGGUAACUGGGGGUCGGUGGGAAAGGUCUCCCCCUUGUCCCUCCAGAGCCUCCCAUCCCAUUCCUGGCAGGGCUGGCUCCCGUCUUCCCUUUCCCUGGCACUCAUCCAGGUUUUAAACACCCACCUGGGCCCGCAGGCAUGGGAGCAGGGGGAAUGGAGGGGGUGCAGCACCACAGCCUCCCUUCAGCAUCUUGUCUGCCCCCUCCCCAGUGCCUUCCCCCCCAGAACCAGCUGCACCACUUGCAGCGCCAGCAGUAUCUUUCCCUGGUGUGGGUCCCCCUGUGCCCAACCUGCCUGGUCCCUGGCCCCCAGGGUGAGAGGAGGAGCAGUGCUGUGGAAGGGAAUUCCUGCCCCCUCCUCCCAUGACAGGCCCUGGUGGGGGGCACCGAGGGUGGACCCAGCAGCCGCCGCCAGCCACAAGCACUCACUAAAGCCCUCGCCGCCACUGCUAGGGCAGGGGUGCUCACUCCAGGUGCCCACACACCCCUUCGAUGUGGGUGCCAGCCUGCUGCCAUGGGAUGGCCAUGAGGCAGGAAGGGCUGCACUACUCCCAGACCACAGCCUUGUGGUCUGCAUGUGAAUGCAGAUGAGGACUUUCCAGCCAGGGCUGAUGGGUGGCAAAGGUGAGCAGGGCUUGGCAGCUGACACAGUGUGCUGGAGCAGGCACCCCUGUAAGGGAAGGUGGGGAGGCUGGAUAGGUGACACUGGCUUAGGUUUCCUUGGUGCUUUGAUGGGCACUGCUAUUUUCCACUCCUGUGCUUUUUUUCCUCCCAUUCCCAAGCUGGGAAGCAAAUGUAACGAUCAUAAAACAGACUUGGGUGCCUGUGGUCAUGCCAGGUGCAGGAAACAAGCGCAUGUUGCAGCCCUGGCGCUGCCAUCGGUUCUGCCCCAUUACCCAGCCCCGAGGGCAGUGCCAGCAGCACCCGCUCCAGCCAAAGCCAGGGCAUGGCGGCGCUGGCUCAGUGCCUCCUCCCUUCUUCCUCCCCCGCCGCCUCCUGCCUCUGCACCACACAAACCACCAUCCAGAGGAGUCUGCAGCCAGGAGGCAAGGGUGCCCACAUAUGUUCCUCUCCAUACCAUCACCUCAGUUUACUGUCCCGCAGGGCAAAGGGAGGCGUGUGCAGCUGCAGCGAGUGGCCGUGCCCACUGAACUGCCGGCUCCAUGCAGGGCCAUGCUGUCUCCCAGGAAGGGCAGACUGGUGGGGGGCAGGACCGGAGCUGUGCCGCCCCAUUAACCACCCUGGGUGAACAUAGGGUCAGAAGGCCAGAGCCACCCACAAAAUCGCCAGCAGGUCUCCACAGUCCCAUCCUGAGCAGCUGACGUCUCUGGCCUGCAGCCAGUCCUGGCCCUGCCUGCCUUCACAGUGCCAAUCGGGCCUGUGGCAACCUCUGCCCAUGGCAGAAGGUCACCGCUGCAGAGGGGACAGCUGAGGGCAGGGACCUGGCUCUGAGUGAUGCCAUCCCACCGGAGCUCCCCUUCUCUCUCCUGUUCCAGCCUUGCCGAGAGCCCACGUGCUGCUUUGGCUAGAGGGGAAUUUGGUCCUUGGCCCAGGAUGCCUGAUGUCUCCAGGGCACGAGGUUCAGCACGGGACAUAGCUGAACACCGGUCCUCUUGCCAUGGAACCGGCUCUGCCAGCACGGUGCACCCCUGGGGAGAGUGCUGCCCCAGCACCCUGCACAGCGCUUGGGGCAGGCUGUGCGCUGGGGCAAAUCCUGCCCCCAGGCCACCCACCAGGCUGCAGGGCAGGGUGGCGGGAGCCCUGGCUGGCAUGUGCGGCACUGGUACAGCGGUACAGGCACUGGGGAGCUGUGCCAUGGCCCCAGGGCCCAGGAUGCAACCUGCAGGGGCUGUGAGAGCAUGUUGUAGGCGUACCCACGCCAUCUGCGUGAGGCCAUUGGGGUGCGCACCCCUGUGUGCACGCUGUGUCCCUGUGUGUGUAUGGUGUACACACCACGGGGUGUGUAUAUAUAUACACAUGCGCGCACACGCAAGCAGGGAUUAUGACAAGCAUCCUGUUGUGAUGCAAAAAGCCCUGGCCCUGCAGAUGAAUAACGCUGCAAGAUGCCUCCUCAGAUAUUUUUGCUGGUGCCAAAAAUAGUCUCCCUCCCUCCCCCCCCAGUCAGCCCCUCCACUGGCUGUGCCGAGCUCAUGCUGCGGACAGGGGAGGCUGCAUCUGCAGCAAUUAGGAAUCAAACAGCAGCCACUGGCUCUGGCCGGGGGUGUACUGGUGGGGGCUGGAGUGGGAGGAAAGGAGCCUCUGCUCCGUGCCUCCAGCCCCCUCGGUGAGGCUGGAGGCUCUGGCUGUCCUCGGAGCAGCCCAACCGCACUCCCUGCCUUGGUUGCCCAUGGAAAUUUCCCUGAGCGGAUGGGUAAGACACCUGGGCACGCACAGCAGUUGCAAGGCUCCACCGCUCACCCUGCUGCGGUCAGAGGGGUGAGGCAGAGGGAGACGCAGGACUGGGACGCAGGACACCUGGGCUCCCUGCCAGCCUCUGCAUCUGCCCUUGCUGCAGGAAAGGAGCCAGAGCCCUGCCUACUCUGUGCCUCAGUUUACCCAGCACUCAGAGGGGAGACGCCAGAUGGGGUCUUUGCUCCACACAGGAUUUGGGGGCAUUUUUUCCCCAGCGAAGGAAGCAAGGCACUGAAAUACUCUCUGAGCUUGGUGCUAAUGCGUCCCCCAAAGAGGGGUGUGUGUUGUUGCACAGUUCCCCCAAAACAGCAUCGCCUGGGAGCCUGACAUUGGCCCUGCAGGAAAGGCACAGCCCCAAAGCACCGCCACCCUCUCAGACACCCUUCAGCUCCCCUCUGGGUACAGGCCCUGCACCCACAUGCUGCGGGGCUGCCCCAGUUUACGCAGCCGGUUUUGGCGAGUGACGCCCGGCUGGAGCAGACCCCGCUCUCUGCCAAGCGUUUGCUGAGCUCUCGGGCCAGUGCCGUGCUGGCAGCACAGCGUGCCCGAGGCCGGGACCCGGCCCCAUCAUCCCCGGUCCCCGGGAGCGCGGGGAAGCGCUGGGCGAGCAGUCGCCUGGGCGAGCAGUCGCUCCUCCCGCUUCCGCCUGGCACUGAGCGCCCUAUCGCCCCCGCGGUGCCGGUGCCAUGCCGGGGGCCGGGCUGCGGGGCGGCGGAGAGGGCCGCCCGCGUCCUCCCCCGGCGUCCCCGGGGCAGGGGUCGCGGCGCCGGUCCGCGGUCCCCGGUGGCGGCCGCCCCUCGCGGUCCCCCUUGGCUGCCGCGGGGCUGUACCACGCGGUGCGGCGGGGGCCGGCCGUCACGGAGCCCGGCUGCCGCCUCUCCACCCAUUUGAUGUCAGAGCCGCUCAGGUGCCGUCAGCCCCAGAGCCGGCACCGGCUCCGGCACCGGCUCCGGCACCGCACGCCUGAGCGCCGCCGUGCCCCCCUGCCCCAGCCCCCCGCUGGCCCGGGGCGAGGGGUGCCCGCCCGGCACCCCCUGGCACCCCCCUCCGCGCGGCCGGCCCUGCCGUCUCGCCGUGCCCGCGAGGGCCAUCAUGAGGGACUCCUACACGGUGACGCUGCCCGAGGAGCCCCCCGCGCUCCCCGACCUUCACAAGGACCUGCGUCCCCGCGCCUCCAUGCCGGGGUCCCUGCUGGUCUCCACCUUCGUCGGGCUCGUCCUCAACAAGACCAAGAGCUCCAAGGCAGUGCAGGGACUGACCGGCUUGCGAAACCUUGGCAAUACGUGCUUCAUGAACUCCAUCCUGCAGUGCCUGAGCAACACCAAGGAGCUGCGGGAUUACUGCCUGCAGAACCAGUACCUGCGGGACCUCAACAACAACAGCCGCAUGCGCACUGCACUCAUGACAGAGUUUGCAAAGUUGAUACAGCUGCUCUGGACCUCGUCCCCGAACGAUAGUGUGAGCCCCUCCGAGUUCAAGACACAGAUCCAGAGAUACGCUCCCCGCUUCGUCGGCUACAACCAGCAGGAUGCGCAGGAGUUCCUGCGGUUCCUCCUUGACGGGCUGCACAGCGAGGUGAACCGUGUGCUGGUGCGGCCACGGGCUAGCACGGACACCUUGGACCACCUCCCUGACGAUGAGAAGAGCCGCCAGAUGUGGAGGAGGUACCAGGAGAGGGAGGACAGCCGCAUUAGUGACCUCUUCGUUGGGCAGCUGAAGAGUUCGCUGACCUGCAGCGAGUGUGGCUACUGCUCCACAGCCUUCGACCCCUUCUGGGACCUGUCUCUGCCCAUCCCCAAGAAAGGCUACGGGGAGGUGACCCUCAUGGACUGCCUACGGCUCUUCACCAAAGAAGACGUGCUGGAUGGGGAUGAGAAACCGACAUGUUGUCGCUGCAAAACCAGGACGAGGUGCACAAAGAAAUUCAGCAUCCAGAAGUUCCCCAAGAUCCUGGUGCUUCACCUGAAGCGCUUCUCAGAGGCCAGGAUACGAACGAGCAAGCUCACCACCUUCGUCAACUUCCAGCUGAAGGACCUGGACCUCCGGGAGUUUGCCUCGCAGAGCUGCAACCACGCUAUUUACAACCUCUAUGCCGUCUCCAACCACUCGGGCACCACCAUGGGGGGACACUACACUGCCUACUGCAAGAGCCCCAUCUCCAGCGAGUGGCACAGUUUCAAUGACUCCCGUGUUACCCCGAUGUCAUCCAGCCACAUCCGCAGCAGCGAUGCCUACCUGCUCUUCUACGAGCUGGCCAGCCCGUCCUCCCGCAUGUAGCCAGCCCUGCCUCCCUGGGGACCCCUGCGCCACCCCUCAGAGCUGGCCCCUCCAGGCUUUGGCCAUUUGUCCCCCAGGUGCAAGAGGGAGGUGAAGAGGAGAGCCCUCGAGGUGGCUGCAGCAGGAGGCUGGAGGCAGCCAGGAGCAGACCCCAGGCAAGGACACCCCAGCUCUGAACUGAGGAGGGCAGCCCACCCAGGCAGCUGAGGCAGCCCUGGUCACUGGCGUUUGGUUUUUACCUUGGGGUAUGUUUUAGUUUCUUUCUUUUUUUUUUUGUUUUUGUUGGUGUGUAAUAAAAAUACUGAGCAAGGGACUCUGCAGGCAUGGGGCCACCUGCCCCAUUGACUCGGCCAGGACCUCUGCUCCCAUGGGGGAGCACCCAGAGCUGGGGAUCCAGGAGAGCAUUCUGCAUCCCUCCUGGCCUCUUGGCACUCCCUUUCUUUUUGGCCAUCCCAGAGGAUUCAUGAACUGUUCCUGGCCUCCUGAAGCACUUCCAAACCUCCUGGCACAGGACACUGGCCCUUCAGUUGCCUCCGUCCCGUUUCAGGCAGCACAUCCCCACCAGCUGCCCCAUGCACACUCCUCAAAGCAGCCUGAGUUCAGGUCUAGACUCACGGACAGGAGGGAGGAAAACAUUUUGUGGAAUUUAUAUGUAUUUAUAGUGGACUUCGCUCAACCUGGAGCACCCCGCCGCUUCCUGGCUCUCCAGGCACUUGGGCCGGGGGAUGCUUUGGGUAGGUUUUUACCUGCCUCCUCAUACGACGGUGCCUUAAACCAUUUAGGGGAGUGGGAGGCCAUUGGAGUUGCACAGGAAUGUCCAUCCUGCGGAGGAGAGGGAGGUGAGGACAGUGGCUUUCCAAGACCAUCUGCAAUUGGGUGCACCCCUGGGUGCCCGGGGAUGCGUGUCCCCACCCGCCCUGCUGCUAUGUCCUCCGGCUAGCAAACGCCAGUGGCCUUUUUAGCCUUUUCUCUAAUUUAUUCUCCUACCCAUCCUGCCUUGCCUGAGGUGCAGCGGGAGGAGACAUGGGCCCGACCCAGCACAAUCCCAGCCCGCAAGGCAGCUACGUCCAACCCAGUAACUCGUCCUGCUUCGCCCUCACUGGCCCUGCGGGCACAGGCUCUCACGCCAUGAGCAUCCCGCCCAGCCCGGGGCAUCCCGGUGGGGCCUGGGGGAGGGCAGGCCAGGAUGGAGGGGCUGCCCGCGGCAGGUACCGGACUGGGGCAGCAUUGCUGCUUGGCAGAUGGCUUGUUUACUGUGUAAGCAAGAUGGGCGGGAAGUGUCUCGUACAAGGGAGACUCGUGCAGGAAUAAAUUUUAGCUUGAACAGA